AUGGUUGACGUCUCACGCUCCGGCGUAAUCUUGGACGAGAGAAAGGGGCAGAAGGGGCAGAAGGGGCAGAAGGGGCAGAAGGGGCAGAAGGGGCAGAAGGGGCAGAAGGGGCAGAAGGGGCAGAAGGGGCAGAAGGGGCAGAAGGGGCAGAUGGGGCAGAUGGGGCAGAUGGGGCAGAUGGGGCAGAUGGGGCAGAUGGGGCAGAACGUACUAGCGAUCAAGCAGAGCGAGACGACUAUGUUAUGA